AAAAAAAACGCCAAUCAUGUUUGCAUGACGAAGACCGCGUCAAGCGCGCCGAGUGCACGGGCGUGCAUUGCGAUUGCGAGCCUGUAGGCAACUUGAAUGGAGGGAAACUGCCCACUCCGAGUGGCACUCGCUCUAAGAAUGAGGCUCAGGCGUUGCAAGUUCCUCAUUUAGCCAGGCAACCGUGGGAUCUUGCAGCUCUCCUAGUAGGCUUCCUCAAUAGUUUUUUUUUUUUACUGCUUAUCAUCAAGAUGCUGCCGCUGGGGGACUCUACGAACGAUAAGAAGGUGCCGACGAUUAUCUAUGAAGACAUGGAGAAUGGAGACUAUGGUACUUUUCUAGGACAAAUGGACAGACCCAAGACCACGACAGCAUCUCAAUAUACUUACCGGAAGUGGCUCAUGCUGACAAUUUUGUCAGUACUUACUGCCAUUAAUCAAGGCAUUUGCUACUCGUAUGCGCCGAUAGCGAGUAUAGUAGAGAAGCGGUGGGAAGAACGAGUAAGUCUAUCAUUGUCCUAGAUGAAGUAUACAAUACCUGACACGUUUGUGUGGCUCAGCUUCAUUCGACAGAAUUGAUCACUGUCUACUUCAUCUCGUACAUUCCGUGUUCGUUUGUUGGCUCAUGGAUCAUGGACAAGAAGGGAUUGCGCUAUGGUGUACUGCUUGGUGGUUUCUUGCAAGCUCUGGGUGCUGGAUUGCGCUACUUCUCGUGUGUUUUCGAUCCAGUUGGAGAGGCUUACGUGACGCUACUGGGUCAGAUUUUGGCCUCAAUCGCGAUGCCUUUCAUGGUCAACUCUCCUGCUGUGCUGUCAGCGAACUGGUUCCCUCCUCAGUUGCGUGCAACGUCCACUAGUGUGGCUGUCAAUGCAAACGCUAUGGGUACAGCGCUCGUGUAUCUCUCAGCUCCUUUCAUCGUCCUUUCCAGCGACGAAGUGCCUUACUGGAAUCUCUACGUGGCAUUGAUUGCCACUGUCUCUUGGAUCUUCGCGCUCUUCUUCUUCCGGUCAUUUGCAAGGACAGGAGUGGCUCAAUCAAUAGUAUCUGAUGUACAACUACGUGACGAAUAUGACUGGAGUCAAUGGGCCACUGCAUUCACACACAGUGGAUUUUGGCACACUGUUGUGGCCUUUUCCGUUGCUGAGUGCAUUCUGAACGCCAUGUGUGCACUUUUGGGAAAGUUUCUGAGUGUUGCCCAUUUUACGAAGGCCCAAAUCGGAAUUGUGGGGUCGAUCUUCAUCAUAAGCUCCUUAAUAGGUGGACAAGUGAUCAGUCAGUACGUGGACAGGAAGAGGAACCACAAGACAGCUCUACAACUGUGUCUACUAUUAACAGCAAUUGCUGUCGCUUCGUUUCGACUGGUACCCAAAGUCAACGUCCAUGCUACGCUGGUGAGUCUCGUGUUCUUAGGAGCAGUUCUUGGACCAUUGCAGCCUAUUGUACUCGAACUCGGAGUCGAGUGCGCAUAUCCAACCAGUGAAGCUACAGUCGCUGCGCUACAACAACUCUGUGGCAAUUUCUUGUCGGCAAUUAUUGUGCCUGGUUUGAGUGCUUUGCGACGGACGCACGUGGAUUCAACGGGUCAUGUGCCACCCAAGUAUUUCUACGCUAGUCCGGAGUGGGUCAUGGUCUUCAUGACAGCAACGACGUUCAUCAUUUUCUGCUUCUUCAAUGGUACAUACAAGCGAUUCGCUCAUGAAGCUGCCACGAACUCCCGAUCUCGCGGCAAAGAGAAUGUUCUCAUUACCAGGACGUCCCGCGCCACGGGGAGUUUCUUCUAGCUCUUCCAGCAUCGCAUAUUUCUCUAACUUGAUAAUGAAAAGUCACGCUGAAGCUCUGGAUCGCUCCUUGUCUGCCUGGUGAAUACGUUACGAGCCAACAAGGCGCGAACAGUCGUGUGUGCAGAGGGAGAUCCGAUUCUUGGAGAUCACAGCAAAGCUCUAAAAGAUUUGGUGGUUGGUUUGGUUUGUUUGUGCGUCUCUCUGCCAUAACUAUUUGACAUCUAGACGCUUAACGGCUCAAAUGUGGUGUUAAUCUAUUGUAACUGGACG